AUGGCCAUGGGAUCGGCCCUGCUCCAGAGUGAGCAACAGCGCGUAGCGCUGGCGAUCUCGAAGCUCGGUGGCCGAGCUAGAGAAUGGGCACUAACGUGCGGUACGUCUGUGGACGCUGCGUUUCCCACUUGGGAUCAGCUGAAACAGCAAUUACUGCGCGUAUUUGCGCCGCCUAAUCAGGCGUACCGUAUACGGUCGAAGUUCCUUGCUACCCGCCAGGGUAAAAAGGAGUUGUUGGACUAUGUCCAGGAGUUGAGGACUCUCAUCGCCGGGAUGGCGUCGAGUCCUCUUCCGGAGGUGGUCGCGGUGACCGUGUUUAUGGAAGGCCUACGCUCGGGCGCUGCCCGUAAGGAAGUUUUCCGUGUUCACCCUGCCUCGUUUGAAGAGGCUGUGAACGUGGCAUUAAAUGCCGAAUACAACUUCAAGUCUGCGAGACCAAGUUGGAGCGCUGGUAGCGCGAACCCUUCGAACGGUCCUGAACCGAUGGACCUCAGCCACGCUGAAGAUGAGGCUGAUCUCUGUGCUGCUGAGCAGCGCUUCAGCAUCCGUCGAUGCUAUACGUGCGGAAGCACCCGCCACUUGAGGCCAAGUUGCCCGCCGAAGCACCGCUUCGAACUCCCACGAGGGUUCGUCGCGGGGAAACGACGGAACCCAGUAGGUGCGGGGCGCCCUACUGGGGAAGAACUGGGUUCUGUGGGUCCUCCGGGAGGUAGGAGGAAACGGGACUCAGCCCCGCAGAGAGCUAAGCUCUCUUACUCACGCAGUGCGUGCAAGCCCGGCUUGUUAGUCGUUCAAGCGAACGUGAAAGGCUUCGACAAGCCGUGGAGAGUCUUGAUAGACUCGGGAGCAUCUGGCAAUUAUGUCCGACGCUCCACUGUUGAUGGGUAUCAACCGUAUGCGGAGGCUCUAAGGGAGCCUCGAAGAGAUAAGAUCUCUGUCCGUCUUGCGACGGGGACACUGGUGACAGUGUCGAAGGUCUCUAUUGACCUGAACGUGAAGUUCUUGGACUUUGACAGCAUGGAACGCUGCUUGGUCUUAGACCUGGAUGAGAGGUAUGACCUCAUCCUUGGUAUGGCGUGGCUCGAGAGCCACGAGCCAUGGAUCGACUGGAACGUGUCGAGCAAUGAUGCUCCACGCGACUGCAGUGAGCAGUUGUACACACUCGUGAAUGGAGUGACGGGAGAUGUCGAUGGGGACAUACGUCUCGAGCGACUCCCAUCGGUUGCCGCUCUGUUAGAGCUGGACGAGAUGUCCGCCGAGGAGCUCGGCAACGCCUUGAAGGCUGGCGAGCUUGCCGAAGUGGUCAUGAUACGACCCGAGGAGGAGUUGAACUCCUCGUCCGUCGUGGACGAAGCUGUCCUUGAGGACACGAAGCGAGCGCUCAGCGCUAGGAGUGGAUCAUCAAUCCUCAAGGAUCCCACAGAUCCGUUCCACUCCUUAAUCAAGGAAUACCACGACGUGGUGUCAAAGGAUCCGCCGUCAGGGCUGCCUCCGGAUCGGGGCGUUCGUCAUGAAAUUGACUUGGUUCCUGGAACCAAAUACUGCGUAACACGGCAGUGGCCCUUACCAAGAGAACAAUGUGACGUCAUCGACGCGUUUUUCCGUGCUAAGCACGAAGCCGGCUUGGUGCGUGAGAGUAAGUCUCCGCACUCGACACCCACGUUCUGUGUCAGAAAGCCGAACGGCAAGUGGCGCAUCGUGCAUGCUUUCAAUAAGCUGAAUGCAGCCACUAUUCCGGCGCAAACGCCGAUUCCUCGUAAGGAUGUUCUACAGAACAAUAUGGUGGGGUGUACGUUGUACAGUGCACUCGACUUGGUCGACGGGUAUUAUCAGUUGCUCAUGAGAGCUAGUGAUAUACCUCUCACGGCGAAGGAUGCACCUUGGUGCUGGGACGUCCUUCAUGACGACGCCUUCAAGGCUGUUAAGGAGAGCCUCCUUCAUGCACCCAUCUUGGCGCUUCCGGACCCGUAUCGUCCGUUUAGCGUCGUCUGCGACGCCUCCGAUUUUGCAAUCGGGUGUGCUUUACUACAAGCAGACGCCGAAGGGCGUGAACGCGUUAUCGCGUUUGAGUCUCGGCAGCUCAAGGCUGCUGAGAAGAACUAUCCAGUUCAUGACAAAGAGCUACUUGCUAUGAAGGCGUAUGCCCAAGACGCCACCUGUGUAGCCCUGCUACGUGCUCUCGGGAGUGAUGAGUUUAAAGACUCGGACAAGGAUUUGUCACAGCGCUUACGCGCGAGGCUGCAGCGUUAUACGCUUGAUAAUGGCCUGCUGUAUUACAGCACCGACCCUGAGGACACUCCUCGAGUGGUUGUUCCUCAUGAUGAGGAUCUUAAGUAUCGCAUCCUCUAUGAGGUGCAUGAUACGCCUGUCGGUGGACAUCUUGGUCGUGAGAAGACCUAUGGCUCGGUGAGCAAGAUGUACUGGUGGCCCAAGAUGUACAAGUGGGCAAGCACCUAUGUGCGUACAUGCGAGACAUGUCAACGGACCAAGUCCGCGCCGCAUGCGGCUGCACCGUUGGCGAGUUUGCCAGUCCCUUCGGGAUGUUGGCAGUCCAUGAGCAUGGAUUUUGUGUUUGGCCUUCCCAAGGAUAAGGCAGGCAACACAGGCGUUGUGGUCUUUGUGGACCGACUGAGCAAGAUGGCUCAUCUCUCGGCUGUGCCGGACACCGUCGACGGUGAGGCUACAGCUAAGCUGUUCUUAGACAGAGUCUUUCGCCAACAUGGCUUGCCUGAGGCAAUUGUCUCUGACCGAGACCCCCGCUUUACGGCAAAGUUCUGGACGUCCUUGUUCAGGGUGCUUGGCACCAAGUUGGACAUGUCCACGGCGGACCAUCCACAGACCGAUGGUCAAACUGAACGCGUGAAUCGCGUUGUGGAGGAUAUCCUCCGCAGUGUCUGCGCUGAAGCGCCUCGACGCUGGAGCGAGAUGCUCCCCCUUGUUGAGUUCGCUAUGAACAAUGCGGUGCAUGCCUCGACAGGCUUCACCCCGUUCUAUGUGAACGGCUUGGUUGACCCUCGUGUCCCUCUAUCGCCGCCACGGUGUGGCUCUGGGCUUGAUGGGGGAGGGUUAGCCGAUCGGCUUGCUGAUGUCAGCCCAGUUGCGAUUCGCAAGCAAGUCGAUGACUUUGUCUCUUUGAGACUGAGCGUCAUGCGCCGAGUGCGCGAUGCAAUGGCUGAAAGCCAGGAUCUCCAAAAGGAGUAUGCAGAUGCCAAAGGCAGAAAGAACAUGGAACAGUUUGAGAUCGGAGAUCUUGUUUUAUUAAACGCUAAAAACCUUCCUACACAUGCAGUGUCUGCGGUCUUCAAGACCAAGUUGAGACCUAGGUUCAUCGGGCCGUUCAAGGUCGUGGCCAAGAAGGGCCUAGCGUACACGCUCAAUCUUCCAAAGAAGAUGCGGCUGUCUACAGCAGGAGCAGGAGGCGGGGAUGCCUCGUAA